AAGAAAACGGCGAAGGACGUGAAGUCAACACUGGCUAAGCUCUCCAAAGGCUCGGCCGCACUCGAUGACGCAUACAAGGAGGCGGUCUAUCGCAUAGAGGGCCAGUUAAGCGGAGAUUAUAAGCUAGCCAAAAGAGUACUGUCGUGGAUUACAUAUGCGAAACGGCCGCUUACUACGACAGAGAUCUGCUGUGCUCUGGCAGUAGAGCCGGACGAGGCGGAGCUCGACCCUGAGAACAUACCUGAUGUUGAGGACCUAUUAUCCGUGUGUGCUGGACUAGUUGUUGUUGACCAAGAAAGCGCUGUUAUCCGUCUUGUGCAUUACACUACGCAAGAAUACUUCGAACGUAUCCAAGACGUAUGGGACCCAGGCGCUCAACUAUGCAUUGCCUCCACAUGCCUCACCUACUUAUCAUUCGGCACAUUCCAAACUGGUAGUUGUUCCUCUGACAGAGAGUUUGAAGAAAAGCUUCAGAAACACGAACUUUUAGACUAUGCUGCC